AACGUUGUCAGUUGCCCUCCUUUCAAUGAACGACUGUAAGCUUUCACGGAGUUUCCACCUCCUCGCUCUCACUUCGCGUGAAAACGUACACCAAAUGCAGCAUUAAAGUAUUAAACUUGCUAUAAUAAUCUUCAGUUCGGACGAAAGACUGAAGAUGGAGAGCACAGCAGACACAGACCUGGAGCCCUUAAAGCUGAAGUCUUUAAAAACCGACAGGACGUUUGUGAUACCGCACAGUGAACGGCUGGGGAGGUGCAGGAGUGUGAAGGAGUUUGAGAAGAUAAAUCGGAUUGGAGAGGGAACUUACGGAAUCGUGUACCGAGCACGUGAUACACGGACGAAUGAGAUUGUUGCUCUGAAGAAAGUGCGAAUGGAUAAGGAGAAAGAUGGGAUUCCCAUUAGCAGUUUGAGGGAGAUUAAUUUAUUAAUCAGACUGAGACACCCAAAUAUUGUGGAGCUGAAGGAAGUGGUGGUGGGAAGCCAUUUGGAGAGCUUGUUUCUGGUGAUGAGCUACUGUGAGCAGGAUCUUGCCAGUCUGCUGGAGAACAUGCAGUCGCCGUUCUCUGAAGCUCAGGUGAAAUGCAUAGUCCUCCAGCUGCUUAAAGGACUGGCCUAUUUACAUCACAACUUCAUUCUUCACAGGGAUCUGAAGGUUUCAAAUCUACUGAUGACUGACAAGGGCUGUGUUAAAAUAGCCGACUUUGGCCUGGCGCGUGUUUACGGUAUCCCUUUACAGCCCAUGACUCCUCGAGUGGUCACGCUGUGGUAUCGGGCUCCAGAGCUCCUCCUGGGGACAAAGACGCAGACCACGGCUCUGGAUAUGUGGGCUGUGGGCUGCAUCUUCGCGGAGCUUCUGGCCCAUAAACCCCUCCUACCCGGAGCCUCAGAGAUCCAGCAGCUGGACCUGAUCGUGCAGCUGUUGGGAACGCCCAACGAGAGCAUCUGGCCGGGUUUCUCACGUCUGCCGCUGGUGGGUCAGUACAGUCUGAGGAAACAGCCCUACAACAACCUGAAGAACAAGUUCACCUGGUUAUCAGAGGCUGGUUUGAGACUCCUGAACCUGCUGUUCAUGUACACCCCGCAGCGCAGAGCCACGGCCAUCGACUGUCUAGAAAGUUCCUACUUCAAGGAGAAGCCACUGCCUUGUGAACCGGAGCUGAUGCCCACAUUUCCACAUCACAGGAACAAACGCAGCGCAUCUGAGACUGAACACCAGACCAAGAGGAGCAAAGUAUGACACGAGACGCGCACUCUCAUAAUGUAAGAUAAUGUACAGGUUACAGUCAGCUUGAGGUGUGUACGCUGAAAUGAAUAGUUCAUUUACUUGCCACACACCUGCUUUUUUUCUGUUGAACACAAAUGAAGAUAUUUCGAAAAAUGUUGGAAACCUGUAACCAUUGACUUCCAUUGUAUUUUGUACAUUCAAUGGUUACAGGUUUGCAUCAAAGGAAAGAUAUUUCGAAAAAUGGUGGAAACCUGUAACCACUGACUUCCAUUGUAUGAAAUGCAUUCAAUGGUUACAGGUUUACAACAAAAGAUAUUUCAAAAAAUGUUAGAAACCUGUAACUAUUGACUGUCGUAUGAAAUCCAUUCAAUGGUUACAGGUUUCCACCAAAUUAUAUUUGAAAAAUGUUGAAAACCUGUAACCAUGGACUUCCAUUGUGUUUCAUACAUUCAAUGGUUACAGGUUUACAACAAAAAAAGAUAUUUCAAAAAAUGUUGGAAACCUGUAACCAUUGGCUUCAUUGAUUGUAUGAAAUACAAUGGAAGUCAAAAGUUACAGGUUUUCAACAUUUUUCGAAAUAUCUUUUGUGUUUAACAAAAUAAAUACACUCGCAAACACUUGACGGAGAGUACAUUUUCAUUUUUGGGUCAACUGUCCCUUUAAGACGUGCUGUUAAUAAUGCAAUAAAUACUAGUAAGGCGACUAUUUUUGUACAGACACUGUAAAAUUGAACUUGUAUGUAGUUUUUAUUGUUAAACUGUUUUGGUGUAGUGAGUACACUAAGUGGAAACAUUUGUUCAAUAUCACAUGUAUCAUUUACAUAAUACACCACUGGGUUGAUUAAA